UGUUGUUAUGAAAUAGAUUUAUUGUAAGGCAUUUUGAACCUAAUAACAAACAAUGGAUACAGACUUUGAUGAGUCUAUGGAUGCCUUCAAGGAGUCUCCUGGAUUUACAAACAAAAAAAUAAUUGCACACAAGAAGAUAGUUUCUGCGAAAAGAUCAACAAAAACUGGUAAACAAUCAAUGAAACAGGCAGGAAACAAAAGUAUGCAGAAAAAAUUGCCAAGCGUGGCACCGGUGUGUUCUGAUAUUGAUAGUGUAUUUGAGAAUGAAACUUUAUCACAAACUGGCGAUGCUGUGAAUGAACUUUCUGAAGUUCGAUUAAGGCCUUGUCCCACUUGUGGUAAAAUGGUUGAUCUGGAUAACUUGAAACGUCACACAAGAGCAUGUCUGAAAGCAAACUUUGCUGCUUGUAAAGCUGCGAUUGGUAGUAAUGAGAUUUUGAGAACCAGGCCUAAAACCCCACAGAAGCUUGAUAUGCCAGGCGGUAGUAAUUCCAACAAAGAAGACCAUGUUUUUUAUGAGGAACAAUACUUAUGUCCAACAUGUAGUUCAGACUUGACUUUGCUCUCAAAAGACCAAAGAAACGUUCACCUAAAUCGUUGUUUUGACCAUUAUUCAACUUUGGGUAACAUAGCGAAGACAUCACCAAAAUCAAAACCUGUAAAAAAAUCAAAAUUGGAAACUGAUAAAGAUCUUGGAUUGAGGUGUCUAAUUUGUGCAAAAGAAGUAAAAUCUCAUGCAGGUUUGAAACGCCAUUACAAGGCUUGUCAGAAAAAGAAUAAGUUUUCCACUAUGACUGCUUUGACACUCAAUCGUCCUGGUAGUGCGAAUGAAGUUGACGUAGAAUUGCUUGCUGAGAUAAGACGAGUCGAGGAUCGAGCACAGGACGAAACUUUGCAACCUAAAGUUGAAAAGGUAAUAAAAAAGAAAGCAGCCAAGAGAGGACGACCGAAGAAGAAUAUUGAGUCUUACAAUAAUGAGAUGUUGAGAUUAGCUAUUGCUGUUUCGAAUAACGAGAAUUUGGAUCAAAAACGAUUGAAAAAAAUCAGAAAUCUACCACCUCCCGCUAUGACGUCUUCAAGCCCAAAUACAAAAAGAAGAGAAUUGCAAGAUCGAUUGAACGCAAUUGCAAAUCCUACUUUAUCGGGGAGUGAUGAUGAUGACGAUGAUGAUGAAAUUCCAAGCACACCUGCUUUACCAACCACUGCUUUGAGACUACCCUCAGUGCGAGCUAACGUUAGAGUAAUAUCAAACUCAGGAAGAUAUUUAAAUUCUGCACCAUCUGGAGGUUUAGACAGUGAUCAGCCCGGGCCAUCACAUAUGGCGAUUCAAAAUGAACCACUGAUUCCUCAACAAGUGGUCAACGUUAUACCUGCAAAUCUCGUUAUGGAACCUCAAAUACUACAAUCUGGUGUGAAUUAUCCUAAUCUUAUCAAUGUUAUCCAACCUGAUCCUAUCGCAGUUUUGCCUCCGUCACCUGUAAUGGAACCGCAGUCUCCACGGCAGCGAAAUCAGCUUUCUCCUGGUGAACUUCAGUCCCCUGAAGUAAGUUCUAGUAAUAUUAAAAACAAUUCAUCCUCUGAUAUGAAUGAAAGCUUAAGCGUGAACGCAGUAGAAGCAACUAGUCAAGAAAGAGAAGUUCAAUGUGACCAGGUCACUGAUCAUAGGCCUACACAAAGUCCGUCGACUAGUAAAUGGACAAUGACCAGAAGAAAUUUAGAUUCGUCUUUUAGAGUUCGGGGAUUACUAUCACAAUUUGAACCAAGGAAUGUUCAGCAAGGGAGACAACAGCGAUUACCUAGUGAAGAAAUUGUCGCUGAAGAGAUACCUGCCAACGAGGAGUCUGUCUCUGUUAAUACAACUAACGUCGAGGAAAAUAUUGAUUCAACACUAAUGGCCAUAGAAGCUUUAAAUAGUGAUCGAGCAAUCCAAGAUGCUGUUGCAUCAAACACACAAUCACAGUCAUCGCAACAAGGUUUAUCAUUGCAAAGGCACGAUUCUCAAUCUACGAAUUCAUCGCAAGCCGGUCCGUUAUCGUUUGUAAGACUUCUCGACCAUCCUCAAUUCAGCGAUGCAAAAAUUUUAGUAGGUGGAGAAAAAGAAGCCAUUUAUCUUCACCAGAAUAUACUCUAUUGUUCGUGUCCGAAUUUAUUGAAAGAAAUAGAGGACGAAAAUGCUAAAGGAAAAGAUCUUUGGCUUCAAGACUUUUCUAAAUCAGAGAUCAUGCCGCUUCUGCGUUUCUUAUAUACUGGAAAGAUAGAUUGUCUGAUAUCAGAUAGAAUAUACAGUAAAAGCAAAUUACUUAUAGAAAGAUUUAACAUUAUGCUUUCUGAAAAUGAUCAACAAUUAUUUGACUCACAAUCUACAGAAGAAAUAUUUGCGACACCUUUGCCAGUGUCUCCUAAGAUGCCUGAAUCAGAAACUGAUACUGAGAUGCAAAGUGAUAAUGUCGCUACUGAUCCACUGUUAGAUAAUUUAAUCGAAGAAUCGGUGCUAUCAGAACCAGAACCAUCAUUUGAAGAAGAAAUUCUGCCUCAGAAUUUGACUCAGAAAGAUCCUGAUUUUCCUGAAUCGCCUUCCCCACCACAGUCUUUCACUUUGGUGCAAAAUCAUGCCGAACAACAGUCUGAUGUAGUAAGGGAACAGUCCUUGACAUCUGAUUGUGAUAUGUUUGAUUUUGAAACUCCUGGUGCUUCUACUGACAAUGUAGAUUUUGAUGAAAGCUUUGUUGAACCCCCAACUAAGCUUGCUGAUAAGUUAAUAGUUUUCAAUGAUCAACCAGGUUCAUGUGAGCAUACCAUGAUGGAUAAAAUUAGCGAUGGUUCAAAGAAUACUGACACAGAAAAUGUUGAUGAUUCUGAAGUUGAACAAGACAUGAUUACUUCAGAAAAGAAUGAUCUGAUGGAGACUUCAUCGCAAGAUUCAUUUGCUUCUAGUGAUAUUUGUUCCUCACAAGACGAUGAAUCGUCGGAUUCACCUGAUUUUAAAAAGAAGCUUAGAAAGCGUAAGCGGCUAAUAGAUAGCCCUGUGCAGAGGAAAAGUAAAAGAAGAUCUCUUGGCAAAAAUCAUAACUUUUGGAGAGGUUGUCCUUGCUGUAAAGGUGAUUCUGAUUCACCCACAAAAAUAAAAAUGAAUAACAGAAAUCGACACAGAUAUGUUCCCAGUCCUCUCGCUGAUAGAAAAUCUAUUCAGAAAUGCUCAGUUUAUAACAAGAAACAAUUAACACCUCUGAAACAAAAAAAUGUGUUGGAUAGAAUGAGAAGCACACCAAAAUUGUCGCCACGGUCUCAAAAAUCGCUUCCUCAAAAGUCUAACAAUCCAGAGUUGCACUCUACAGCUAGUCCUAUCAAGUGGAAUAUAAAAACAACACCAAAAAUGUCACCUUUAAUCAAGAAAGUACAUCCAAGAAAGCGACAGUCACCCAUGGCCUAUUCUGGGAGUAAAGUUCUGCAUUUGAACAAAGUGACACUAAAGAAAACAAGGCUAGUUUCUUCAAGAAAGAGUUCAGCUAGAGGUCGGUCUUUAACUCCGAAGAAAUCGCAGAUUACAUUUUCACCAAAAUCACAAGUUUUGCCCACUUUUGGAGGGCGUAAAUCCAGUCUCUCAAGGCGCAAACAAGCAGAUAGCGCUGCAAACUUGACCCCUACAAAACAAAGGGCUAAAAUUGUGAAUUGCAGGACGGAAGAUGACAUAAAAGUGAAGAAGGAUAAUUUGAACAUAGAGCCAUCUUCAGAUUCUCCAAAAUCACUUGACAAUGAAUCAAAGCCAUUAUUAGUUGACUCCGCCAAGAAGCCGGUUUCUACUGUUUCUGCCAAAAGUCAAAAUGGUGCUGUUAUAGCUAAAAGGAAAUCGAUAACAAAAAGAGUUCGACGAAAUUCAUCAUCAAAACUGUCCAAAGAAACUGUUUAUGUGAGUGAAAGACUCCCAAGAUUCAAGCAAAGAGACCAUAUCAAAAGUCGACCAGGGGUUGCAAAUAUGAUGAAAAAUGUCAACAAAGUCAGCAAACAGAAUAAAAAAUCGGAUCUAGUGGUUCCUAAGUUAGAGAUGACAUCAAAUGAGAUAUCUGAACCCCAGCCAGAUGUUAUGAAUGGUAUAUCAAUGAGCCAGCCUGUGGAAUCAGAAACAUACUUUGAUAAUACGGAAGACAGAGAUGUUUUUUAUCAGAAAGAAGAUUCAGAAAUAAAGCUGAAGAAAUAUAAGUUCAAACGAGUCAAUUUACUCGGGUAUGCAUCCGCGAGUCCGAACAUUAAUUCUUCACCAAUCAGCGCUCAAACAAAGACAGUGAAUGAUGACUCUUCAAGUGAAAGUGAUAUAUCGGGUUAUGCUUCUGAUGGACAAGUAUUUACAAAUAUCUGUUUCGAUGAUUCAUUUGAAGUUGACUGCAUGAAAGAAUCGAAACUAGAUGUGGAUCCUAUCCCAAAUUUGCUAAAUGUGUACAAUGAAGAAUACGACGCCGGAGCUCUUGUUGCUACCUAUCAUACAGGGUUACAUACUCCCGCACAUGCUCCGAUUUCUAAUGUAGUUAGCAGUAGUAAAUAUUUUGGUCCUGUUCCAAUCACUCCGAUGCCAAAUUAUCAAGACAUGGAAACUCCGGAAGUUAUCAAACAUGCGACGAAAUUUGGUUUGAAAAAGAACUUAGGUAAAGUGAAACUACGUUCUAAAUUACAAGAAGCAUAUUUGUACAAACACCUUAUUGCUUCUGACAAUGAAGAAUCCGAGAUUGAAGACGCAGAUGACUAUGAAUGCUUUGAAAACGAAGAUGAUUUAUGUAUUGAUACAGCUGAAGCUGAUCAGAAAUUGAAACUAGAAUUAUCUAGACUUUCAAUGACAGUUUCAAAUUCACAAAAAAAUUCGGACAGUAUUUAUACUUUCGAAAAACUCUCUCCCGAGGAAGUGUUGGCUCUCUCAUCUAAAAUCGUUGAUGAAAUGUUCCUGGAUGGAAGUCUUCUCAGCGCUCUCAAAGAAAAUAAAAGAGAAACUGGUUCGAUUAAACGUGGAUCACGUCAAGAUCAAAUGCGAUGUUGGAAUAUCGUAACCCCGGGAAGUUCCAGUUAUAAUCCGAAAUUGAACGCCAUUCUAGCACUAUCAGAAGAAUAUCAAUCCGCUAUUACAAAUCCUCUUGUAUCCUGCGUCGUUAAGAACUAUAUCGCGUAUAAAAAAUACCAAUUUGAUUGUGUUCCAAUCGUUUGUGAUCGGAUGCAAAGAGAAAUAAACUUACGUGAUAAAUUAUAGUGCUUUUUCUUCAUUUUUUUAUUAUUGUCAUUUUCUGCAUUUUUAUCAAAUGUCUUCUGAAAUACUGGGAUUCCAACUCAGGGAAUUACAAAUAAAAGUUUGCUUUCGGAGCAAAAUUGG